AUGGCAACCAUCACCCAGCCUGUUACCACAGUUUCCAGUGCCCAUCCUACGUUUGUUCCUCGGGGACCAGUUCAGGUCGAACUGAACUUUUUUGAAGCACCUCCCGAUGGCUCUCAGCCUUUCCAGUAUGCUGAGGAGCCCCCUGAGGGAGUACCGGCUGCAAACUACGGGCAACCUGCACUGCCGGUCUCUCUGACUGAUAUCCGCGGAAAUGAGAAGGACUAUGAUCUCGAUAAGGACGCCUUCCAGGCCCUUCAGAAUGUCUUUUCAACAGUGCCAUACGAAACAUUUCUUUCCGAUGAAGAGGUCAAACGAACCUUCUACCCGGAAGUGGAGAAGCUCCUUCUGGACCAGGUAGAUGGUGCCCACCGGGUCAUCAUCUUUGAUCAUGUCAUCCGGAUGGAAAAAGAGAACACGCAUCGCAAGCCACUUCACACCGCUCAUGCCGAUCAAACUGCACGAGCAGCAGCAGCCCGGGUACGACUCUAUGUGCCAGACCAGGUUGAAGCCCAGGAGCUCCUCCGGGGCCGCUACCGCAUCAUCAAUGUCUGGAAACCGCUGAAGGGUCCCGUGCAAUCCUCUCCAUUGGCCUUUGCCAGUGGAUCCUCUGUUGCACCAGAGGAUUUGAUUCCUAUUGAAUUUCGUCUCCCACAUCGAACCGGUGAGAUUGUGGGGGUGAAGUUUAGCGCAAGUCACAAAUGGAUGUACUGGUCUGGAAUGGAGGCUAACGAAUGUUUACUGCUCAAAUGCAACGAUUCGAACGAGAUGGUAGCAAUGCAGGUGCCUCAUUCCGCAUUUAAUGACCCAAGGUCUCCACCUGGAGCAAAAGGUCGGGAGAGUAUCGAAGUCAGAGCUUUGGUGUUUGGAUGA